AUGACUGGUUUCAGCUACAGCAUCUACAAUGCUGCCUAUUCUGUGGCACAUGCAUUACAUGCUGCAUAUACUUUGGAAUCACAACGGACAUUGAAGAAGGGCAGAAAGAAGCCACAUCUUCACCUCUCUGUGAAGCCCUGGCAGGCUGAGAGGAAGGACCAGGUUGUUGUGACGCAAAUUCUAUUCAGGGGAAGGAAGAGGAGGGGCUGCUUUUAUGUAGACCCCAAAGCCUUUUAUGCAGACCCCAAAGCCAAUCUGAAGAUUUCUAAACUCUCCAUCUCAAAGCUAAUCUCACUCUCCUUUCAGACAAAGCCUUUCUCCCGAUGUGUGAAGAGCUGCCUUCCAGGACAAGCCAGGAAAGUUGCAGAGGGGAAGCGUUCUUGUUGCUACGGAUGUAUUCCUUGCCCAGAAGGGACCAUUUCUAAUCAAACAGAUGCGGCUCAGUGCAGCCCCUGCCCAGAAGACCAACACCCAAACAAGAACCACGUCCUGUGCAUUCCCAAGACCAUAAACUUUCUCUCCUAUGAGGAUACACUCGGCUUCGUUUUAGUUUCCCUAGCUCUUUUCUUCUCUUUGAUCACAAUCCUCGUGUUGGCAGCCUUCAUCAAACACUGCAACACACCCAUCGUCAAGGCCAACAACCGCAACCUCACCUACCUUCUCCUGGUCUCCCUCCUGCUCUGCUUCCUCUGCUCCUUCCUCUUCAUUGGGCGGCCAAGGAACCUCACCUGUCUCCUCCGACAAACCACUUUCGGCAUCGUCUUCUCCACUGCCAUUUCAUCCGUGUUGGCAAAAACUCUGACUGUAGUUCUGGCCUUCAUGGCUACUAAGCCAGGAAACAGGGCAAGAAAACUCUUGGGGAAGCAGCUGGUGUUAGUCCUGGCCUGUCCCCUCGUGCAAACAGCUCUUUGUGCCUCCUGGCUGGCAAUCUGCCCCCCAUUUACUAAUUUGGACUUUCAUUCUGUGAAGGGAGAAAUUGUGCUGGAAUGCAAUGAAGGUUCAACCACCAUGUUUUAUUCUGUUCUGAGCUACAUGGGUUUCCUGAGUCUCAUCAGCUUCCUAGUGGCUUUUCUGGCCAGGAAACUACCAGACAGUUUUAAUGAAGCCAAAUUCAUUACUUUUAGCAUGCUGGUCUUUUGCAGUGUCUGGGUCUCCUUUCUCCCCAGCUAUCUGAGCACCAAAGGGAAGUCCAUGGUGGCUGUGGAGAUCUUCUCCAUCUUGGCCUCUGCGGCUGGUCUACUGAAUUGUAUCUUUCUCCCCAAAUGCUACGUUAUAGUGCUGAGGCCCGAUCUGAACAAUAGAAGUCACCUCAUGAGGAAAAUUAAGUAGGAAAGCAAGAAAACAUAUAGUCACAUCUGUGCAGGUUAAUAUAGAGGUUUCCACUCCAACUAUUGUCAUAGUUCCGAGUAAUGAACUCCGGGAAGUCAGGACUCUGACACAUUGUUCAGGUUCAAAAAUCCUUUAAUGAG